AUGUCAAAAUAUUCAGAGAAAGAAAAGACUAACUUAUCAAUCUACACCAAUUUCAAUUCCGGCCCCAGUGUCCUCCCAAAAGAAAAGUCACCUGGAAGUCUUGAAUCGUCGCAGAUGAUGAUUGUGAAUUUUGAUGAAACUUUUUUGCACCCUCAUGCCUGGCCUAACUCCCAGCGAUGGUCGAUUUUAAUCCUGACUGUCGUCAUUACGACGCUAGCGAAUAUUUCUACUACAAUUGUGGUUCCAUCUUUGGAGAUCAUCUCGACCGAGUUAAAGAUGGACCCGAUAUCUGAAGGACCCAUGGUCAUGUCAUCCUAUGUGCUUACUCUUGCACUGGGUCCCUUAUUGGUUGCUCCUUUUAGUGAGCUCUGGGGAAGGGUUCCUCUCAUGCAAGUAGGAAACGUUGUCUACAUGGUGUUCAAUCUGGCAUGUGGGUUUGCAACCAACCGAGCUCAACUUCUUACUUUCCGAGUCCUCGCUGGCCUCGGGAGUGGCGCUACUCCAGUAGUUGGAAUAGGAAUGAUCAGUGAUAUGUUUCCUACGGAGACACGUGGAAAAUCUCUCGCCGUCUUGAACAUGGCAUUUAUAUUAGCCACCCCGAUUGGUGCCAUUGUUGGCGGGUUUACAACAUCUUCAGCAUCCUGGAGAUGGGAUUUCUAUUCUACGUCCAUUGCUUCAGCAGUGCUAAUUGUAUUGAGUUUCUUCAUCUACAAGGAGUCAUAUCCUCCAGUUCUUCUUCGGCGCAGAAAGAAGCAGCUGCUCAAGGCCAAUGGUCCAAGUUCGGGCGACCUGAAAACCCCCUACGAUGAGGAACAUCCUACAGUCGCAGCAUUGUACCGCAAGACGCUUAUCCGACCAUUAUGUUUCUUGCUCACACAGCCCAUAAUCCAACUUCUCGGACUUUAUGUGUCCUUCGCCUACGGAAUGACUUACCUCAUUUUUGGCUCCUUUCCAGCCCUCUGGGAAGGGCGCUACCAUGAAACUCCAACCAUUGCCUCACUACACUUCAUUGCACCUGGAAUUGGAUAUGCAGCUGGGAUCCUUAUUGGCAUGCUCUCAGCCGACCGCAUCUAUCACAGGCUCCAACAAAACUCCGAAGAGAAGAAGCCUGAGUUUCGGCUUCCUCUUCUGAUGAUCAGCUCGACUUUCAUACCUGGCGCCCUCUUCUGGUAUGGGUGGUCAGCAGAAGCUCAGUCUCAUUGGGUGAUUCCCACAAUUGCGAUUUGUUUCUUGAUGUGCGGUUGUACGCUCCUGUUUCAGUGUGUUACCGCAUAUUCGAUUGAUACCUUUCAUAUUUACGCGGCGAGUGCAUCAGGUGCCUUAUUCUUUGUGAGAGGUAUAUGUGCCUUUACUUUCCCUCUAUUUGGUCCUACCAUGUACCAAAAGAUGGGUUAUGGGUGGGGAAACACGUUGCUCGGGUUGCUUGCUCUGGUUAUUGGUGUUCCAGUUCCGUUGAUUCUGUGGAAAUAUGGUUCUCGACUCCGACAACAGAGUAUUUAUGCCAAGUCUACAUCUGGGUUGUAA